AUGUCGACGAUCAAUAUGGGGCCAAAUCGGAUUCGGACAUGGCGAACAAGUCUCCGGACGACUUUAGAGAAUGUUUCCUUCAUCCAUCUUCAUUACUUUUAUUUUUGCGCCACGACGCUAUUAGCCAGCCUCAUUUUCUGGGGUUCAUCUACGCCGGCGAAAUCGGUCCGCUAUAUCGACAGCCUUUUCUUGUGCAUAUCUGCAAUGACCGAGGCUGGCCUGAACACGGUCAACCUAUCAGAGCUCAAUACAUGGCAACAAGUCAUGCUAUUUCUCCUCAUUAUCGCCGGCUCCGCAAUCUUUGUAUCCAGUGCUAUUCUGCACGUCCGCAAGCGAGCUUUCGAAAAGAGGUUUGUCGAGCUAGCAGCACAGCGACAAAGGAGACGGUUGAUGCGGCCACGCACCCUGAGCUUUUCUUUCUCUAGGCGUAAGCUUAGCAUUUCCGGAGACCGCGAAUCAGCCGUCGCUUCUGGGGCUGUUCGAGGUCGUGCUAUCGAGGAACGCGAGGAUCACCCCGGUGACAGAGUUUCGAUAGGUCAGGACCGAUCAUUGUCCCAUGUAAACACUGCAGCCUCUACAGCAUCAGCAAACGACACCGAAACCGCAAAAGAUGACCAAGAUGGUCAUAUCCACUUCCCAGAGAUGCUUCCUGCCGUAGACCAUAGCCAAGACCAUGUGCGUCCUCGGCCUCUGAGUCGUCACAGAGCCAGCUUCUUCGAAGGUCGUGGUGUCGGAGCCCGGCCCUUGGACAAUCAUCCGAGGAACGUUAUGCCCACAAACGUACCAUUUCUGCCGGAUCAAAAUGAGGCCAUUGCCGAGGACGACAACAAGCUACACAACGACUCUGGUUCAAAACUAAGUAAAUACAUCAACACCGUCAACGGUUACCUAGGAAGAAACAGUCAGAUUCAUGGCUUGAGUGAGAAAGAACGCAAGAAAUUGGGCGGUAUCGAGUACGACGCUAUAUGCUUACUCUCAUGGGUCGUACCGCUCUAUUUCAUCUUGUUCCAGCUCUUUGGAGCGCUGGGCGUCGGUGCUUGGAUCAAAGCCAAUCGUCCUGGAAUGACAUUGACAAAUGGCCUCGAUCCGUUUUGGACAGGAGCUUUUUUUGCUAUUUCGGCAUUCAAUAAUUCUGGCAUGGCUCUUUUGGAUGCAAAUGCGACCGUACUACAAACGAGUUACUAUGUUUUGUUGACAAUGAGUCUACUCAUUCUGGCGGGCAACACUUGUUUCCCGCCAUUUUUGAGAUUGAUUUUGUGGACAAUGAAGAAGGCAAUCCCGCAAAGUGCCACCUCCUCUACAUGGAAACGGCGACGCCAGACUCUGGAGUUCUGCCUCGAUCACCCUCGACGAGUCUACACCAACCUGUUCCCUGCCGCACAGACGUGGUGGCUCGUUUUCUCCCUAGUCAUGCUGAAUGGAAUCGACUGGGUUGCAUUUGAACUUUUGAAUAUUGGAAAUCCCGUCACUGAUGCGAUUCCGGUACAUUUCCGAGUUCUGGACGGACUCUUUCAAGCGUUUGCGGUCCGAAGUGGAGGGUUUUAUGUGGUGUCUAUUGCCGGCCUACGGUCGGGACUCUUGGUCCUCUACGUCGCCAUGAUGUAUAUCUCGGCCUUUCCCAUCGCAAUGACGAUUCGAAACACGAACGUAUACGAAGAGAGGUCUUUGGGGAUAUACGCCGAGGACAUGGAAGAAGCGGAAAAAGAAGCCGAGCGAAACGGUAGCAGCGGCGGUCAACCCUCCACCGAGAAGGAAUUACCAGGUCGAAGGUUUAUCUCUGGCCUCAAGCAAACCAUGACUUGGACUCAUGGCACUGGUUCCGCGCCGUCGCCACAACAUCUCACGACGUGGACCCGGCAAGACUUUGUACGCCAGCAGCUCCGGGGCCAACUUGGACACGACUUGUGGAUUCUCGUCCUUGCGGUCUUUAUGAUCACGGCCAUCGAGACUGGGCAAUUCGAGCGAGACCCUGUCAACUUUUCCACCUUUAACAUCGUAUUCGAGGUCGUGUCGGCGUACGGGUGCGUGGGGAUCUCGGUGGGCAUUCCCUGGGCGGCGUACUCCUUCUGCGGGACGUGGCACACGGCGAGCAAGCUCGUUCUUUGUGUCGUCAUGCUUCGUGGACGCCAUCGAGGUUUGCCUGUCAGUAUCGACCGCGCCAUAUUACUACCUGACGAGAGUCUCGCUUGGGCUGAAGAGGAAGAUGCCAAUAGGCGGGGAGCUCACGCUGGUAUGCCGAGCCUCUCCAUGGUUCCCAGUAGGGAAGUGUUGAGACACAGAAGAACCAACGACUCUGGUGUCCCUGGUCCAAGUAUUGAUUCCUCAAAAGAUGCGGGUCUUCUCGUCUGA